AAUAGUUCCGCCUUGUACUUGGAGGUAACACCAUUCAGUCAAAGAACUUCUGAGUGGCAUCAUUAAUAACUGCAUUCGGUGUUGAUGUCCUUUCCCUUCUUUGUAACUGUAGAAAGCAGCGUGUUGUCGAAUCAUCCUGUACAUUUGUUAAAUAUUCAUCUAUUUAAACAUGCCAUCUGAUGCUAAGAAAAGACGUGACGCUAAAAAGAAAGAGGCAGCAAAAGCAAGAACACAGAAGAAACCUGGACAGAAAUCAGAAGAUAAUCCCAGUGAGAUUGUUAAUGGUGUUGAGACAGCUGCUGAAAAUGAGAGUAUAACAAAUGGUGUUCAUAUUUCUGCUGCUGAGGAGGAAUUAGUAAAGAAACUAGAAAAUGAUAUGAAAUUAAAUGCAGAAGCUCGAGCAUGUACGGGAGUAUUAGCCGUUCAUCCCAGGUCCAGAGAUAUAAAAAUUGAAAACUUUUCUAUAAAUUUCCAUGGAGUAGAAAUUUUAGCUGACACUAAAUUGGAGUUAAAUUGUGGUAGAAGAUAUGGAUUAAUAGGUUUAAAUGGCUGUGGAAAGUCCACCCUUCUUGCUGCACUUGGUAGGCGAGAGGUUCCUAUUCAAGAUCACAUUGAUAUCUACCAUCUGACUCGAGAAAUGGAAGCUAGUGAAAAAUCUGCACUUCAGGCUGUCAUGGAUGUAGAUGUUGAAAGAACAAGGCUGGAGAGGCUUGCUGAAGAAUUGGCUCAUUUUGAUGAUGAAGAAUCCCAGGAGCAAUUAAUGGAUAUUUAUGACAGGCUGGAUGAAAUAGGAGCUGAGAAAGCACAAGCUAAAGCUGCUUACAUUUUACAUGGUUUAGGCUUUUCUAAAGCCAUGCAGCAGAAAAUGUGUAAAGAUUUUUCUGGUGGGUGGAGAAUGCGAAUUGCAUUGGCUAGAGCUUUGUAUGUACGGCCACAUUUGCUGCUUUUGGAUGAGCCAACAAAUCACUUGGAUUUGGAAGCUUGUGUGUGGUUGGAAGAUGAAUUGAAAACGUAUAAAAGAAUAUUAGUGGUUAUAUCUCAUUCUCAAGAUUUUCUAAAUGGUGUCUGUACAAAUAUAAUUCAUAUCAACAAGAAGAAAUUGAAUUACUAUGGUGGUAACUAUGACACAUUUGUUCGAACUCGUUUAGAACUUCUGGAAAAUCAAAUGAAACGGUACAACUGGGAGCAGAGUCAGAUAGCACAUAUGAAGGAUUAUAUUGCCCGUUUUGGACAUGGAAGUGCUAAGUUAGCUAGACAAGCACAAAGUAAAGAAAAAACGAUGGCAAAAAUGGUAGCUGGUGGCUUAACAGAAAAAGUUGUAACUGAAAAGGUUGUUCAGUUCUACUUUCCAGACUGUGGUACAAUUCCUCCUCCAGUUAUUAUGGUGCAGAAUGUCUCAUUUAGGUAUAAGGAUGAUGGGCCGUGGAUUUACAAAAAUCUUGAAUUUGGUAUUGAUUUGGACUCGAGGAUUGCUCUUGUUGGUCCUAACGGAGCUGGAAAAUCAACUUUAUUGAAACUUUUAUGUGCUGAAGUUGUUCCUUCCGAUGGGUUAAUUAGGACACAUUCCCAUUUACGAAUUGCCAGGUAUCACCAGCAUUUAACAGAUUUACUCAAUCUUGAUAUAUCAGCAUUAGAAUAUAUGAUGAAUAGCUUUCCAGAAAUUAAGGAAAAAGAAGAAAUGAGAAAAAUAAUAGGACGGUUUGGCUUAACAGGUCGUCAACAGAUAUGCCCUAUUAGACAGUUAUCAGAUGGUCAGCGAUGCCGUGUUGUUUUUGCAUGGCUAGCGUGGCAGGCUCCUCACUUACUUCUUCUUGACGAACCUACAAAUCACUUGGAUAUGGAAACUAUAGAUGCCUUAGCUGAAGCUCUGAAUGAUUUCCAAGGAGGCAUGGUACUGGUUAGCCACGAUUUUAGACUUAUAAGUCAGGUGGCAAAAGAAAUCUGGGUAUGUGAAAAUCAGACUGUAACUAAAUGGACUGGCACUAUACAAAGUUACAAAGAACAUUUACGUAAAAGAAUUAUGAAGGAUUUAGAAAAGCCACUAUAGAUAAAUACCAAAGAAUAAGCAUGUUUAUAUUUCAACCUCCGUCAGCUGCAGUUCUCAUACUUAACACACCUUUUAUUUAGAUGUGCACAAAUAUUAUUUUUAAAAUAUUAAAUAUUGUGUUUGACAACUGGUCUGCAUUUAAAAACCGAUUUCUUAUGUUAUUUAAAUUAAAUGGCUAAACAUGAAUGGAAAUUAAUUUGAAUAUGAUUUUGUUUGCUGUUCAUAUAAAUUAAACAACUAUUUUCAAUGCCUUAUUUCAUUAUAGUUACCUAGAAUUAUUAAAUAGUUUUAGCCUUAAGUGCUUUAAUAUUAAAUUGCCAUGAUGUUUUUUAAAAUAUUUUGUAUAUUUUAUUAAAUAAUGUCCUGUCUAAUAACUGUAACUUAUAUUUUUAGGGAGCAUUAUAAAUAGUUAAAUAAAAAUUAAUUUGAAAUUAGCUGUAAUUUAUUUUUUGUUAAUUGAUAAAAAGUAAAAUCUAAUUUGAUUAAAGUCGUUUGUGGGGAGUUUGUAAAAAUUUGUGAAAAAAUGUGUAUUAAGUUGUAGGUGAAAAAUGACAUAUUUUUAAAAUGCUCAGAUUUACAUAAACAAUAAUCAUGUAUGAGUGAAAGUUCUUCCUGAAUUUGUAGUACAUAAGCUGUGACUUGUUUUUAUGAUAGCUUUUGUUCUAUUAUGAAACAUGGAAAUGUGAUAAUUUGUAAAUGGAAGUGAAUAAAACAAGAGCUCCUGUUUUUGACUUACA